CUCUACAUCAAGCUAACUACGUGAUUUGAAUCUUAAAUCGUUUAUAAUCUGUUCUGGAUCCGCCCUAUCUGAAUAACUCCAUAGCCCGAGCAUAUGGGAUAUCAGCAUUAACUAAGUUAGAAAUGUGUCCCACACAUAGAGGGUUAAAUCAGCUGUGUUCCAGCUAUAACACAUGAUGAACACGGUUUGAUCUGGAAAAAAAAUGGCGCUGAAAACAUCAGUGUGAUGUCGGGAAAUGUAGUUUUGAUCUACCCUGACUCCAACCGCCGCCUAUGAAACGAACAAUACAAAUCCCAUAAUGCACGCGGUCGGAGCAUAAGGUGCUGUGUGUUCGGCCAAGGAAUGGCUGAAGGUGUAGAUGAGAACAUUCCGGUGUUCGAGCUCACUGACACCAACACCAAGGUGAUCCACGUGGGCUCGUUCGGGAACCUGUGGAGGGAGCGGCUGACCAGCCAUGAUGUGAGUCUGGCUGAGGAACCCACCCAAAACCUCGCGACAGAUGCCGAGCUUGCUGCAGACCUGGGUUGUACAGAAGAGACAGCAGCAGAGCUCAAACUACUGUGUAGGUAAUGAGCCAGAGCAUCCCAGUAGAACACUCACUGUAUGAAAGGAUAGUCCAUCCUAACCGCCUUUCUUAAAGGGACAACCCACCUUUACAGCAUUUUUUUAAAGGAACACUAUAGUCCCAUAAAGCAGUUUUAGUGUAUAGAUCAUGGGUCGUCAACCUGGUCCCUACCGCCCACUAGUGUGCGUUUAAGGAUUCCAGGUGGGCGGUAGGGAGUUCGGCUGCACAACAAGCUGAAUCCUCCUUCCAUUGAGAGAGUGGGCGGGCGCAAGUGCACAAACGUUCAUGAACGCGUACAUAUGCGCGCAAACUCGUGAGAACAAGAGAAUGUGUGCAUUUGCGUGUGUGCCAACAUGAGUGUAACACGUGGGAAGAGGAAGGGGAGGAGUGGGAGCUGAUGCACGAUAGCAGGGACAGGAAGAAGCAGAGCAGAACACUUGUAAAAUAGGAGAAAGAAAAGUUAUAGGCACGAGAAGGAGAGAAUUGUUGUUGCUAAUAAUAAUAAUAAUAAUAAUAAGUGGGCUAACUAGCUCAGCCUUACUUUUGGACAUUGCCAUAAGGAAGGUAAAAGAAAAGCAUUAAAGGAGAUAAAAAGGAAAAGAUCGAAGAAAAAUAGAAAAAUGGGGAUAAAAUAAAGCAGGAGAGAAAGCUGUACUUAGAGUGGCUCAUGUGUUGGCAAGUUAAGAUUUUUUUUAUCUUAUAAAAUAAGAGAGAAGAAAAAUAAGUAAAGGAAGGAGAGAAUAAAGGGAAAAAGAGACCCCUGAUAUAUUGAUAUAAUAUAAGGAAGGUGAAGAAUAUGGCAGGAAAAGUAGCAAAAAAAGGGGGGAAUUUCUUUUUAUGGUGACAUGUAAUUAAAAUUGGCACCUAAUACAGCGUUGUUUUGGGUGCUUGUAAUAAAAGGGAAAAGAGGGGGGGAGCACGGUGUGGAUUGCAGAUCAAAACAUGGUAAGAGUAAAAGUAGUUGUUAAAUUGUGCAACAAAUUUAGAACCCACGUCUGGGGAAAAAAAAGGAAUAAACUCGUGGCUAUUUACCAGAGUAUCUGAAGACACUUGCGCGAAAAAGGUUCGAGUUACUGCAGCACUGGUGGGCGGUAAGGAGAUUUUACCAUCAAGAAAGAUGCAUUAGUGGGCGGUAGGUAUAAAAAGGUUGACUGCCCUUGGUAUAGAUCAUUUCACUGCUCAAUUCACUGCCAUUUAGGAGUUAAAUCACUUUGUUUCUGUUUAUGCAGCCCUAGCCACACCUCCCCAGGCUAUGAUUGACAGAGCCUGCAUGAAAAAAAACCUGGUUUCACUUAUAAACAGAUGUAAUUUACCUUAAAUAAUUGUAUCUCAAUCUCUAAAUUGAAAUUUAAUCACAUACAGGAGGCUCUUGCAGGGUCUAGCCAGCUAUUAACAUAGCAGGGGAUAAGAAAAUCUUAAUUAAACAGAACUUGCACUAAAGAAAGCCUAAAUAGGGCUCUCUUUACAGGAAGUGUUUAUGGAAGGCUGUGCAAGUCACAUGCAGGGAGGUGUGACUAGGGUUCAGAAACAAAGGGAUUUAACUCCUAAAUGGCAGAGGAUUGAGCAGUGAGGCUGCAGGGGCAUGUUUUAUACACCAAAACUGCUUCAUUAAGCUAAAGUUGUUCAGGUGACUAUAGUGCAUCUUCAAAGCACCAAGACCAGUGAGUCUUAAUAGAGUGGUUUUGGUGUGUGGAACUUGUCCCUUUUAUUGAGUAUUUCUAAAUAUUGUGGUUCAUAAUAGAGAGCAAUAUUUACAUUUAAAAAACACACGGCUGAUUACUGUGAGACUGACAGCUACUAGAGGCAAUUUAUACGUCAAGUGCUUCUUCUCACUACUUGCCUCAAGUGAUAAGGGGCAGUGCCAGGCUGAGAUUGUCGGCUGAGUACUCUCAGGCAAUCACUGCCCAAAUCCCUUGUAUGAAUCUUUGUGGCACUAGCCAGAAGCAUAACUCCACCUCCAUCAGGCUGUGGACCAAAAAUAUCUUCUAAAGCAGUGUGUAAAUGUUUUAAUUUGAAAUAAUUUACUAAUUUAAAUUCUUGAAUCAGCUUCAAGUCUAGUGACUUUCAGUCUAAUAGCCACUAGAAGUGUGUUUAUGGCCCAAUGUAAACAUUGUUUCUCUAAAAUGGCAGUGUUUAAAACUGCCAGAGUGCUGGGACAGAAUCUAUGCUCCAGAAGAUAAAUAUUUUUUGGGGGUUUAGCAGUGGUUCCCAUACCAGUCCUUAUGGCCCCUCAACAAUUCACGAUUUCUGGAUUUCCCUGUUUUUAUUUAAGUGGAGAUACUGACAAAACCUAGACUGUUGGUGGGUCUUGAGGACUGGUUUGGGAACCACCGUUUAGAGCAAGCAUGUCAACUUGCGGCCCAGGUGUUGUGGCUGCAACCAGCCGCAAGACAGGAAAGAUAUUUUCUAUCUGCUUCUUGUCUUCCCUCCCACGGCCGAUCGCGUGCUCCUGCAGGCCAGCCAUUCCUCCUUCCCUCCUGCUCGCAGUGCCAGAGGAGCAUCUGGGCUGCUGGAGGAGGGCGGCUCAUCUUAUUGUAGGGAUAGAUGGGCUUGGGGGAUCUUCGUGGUAGCGUGUUAAAUUGGGGAGAGAGGGAGAAGGGCAUUGUAUUAAUUUGAGGAAGGGGGGGAGGGAGGGCAGUGUAAUAAAUUAGGGUGCUGGGAGGAGGGGCAGUGUAUCAGAUUAAAGGGACACUAGAGUCACCAGAACAACUACAGCUUAUUGAAUUUGUUCUGGUGAGUAGAAUCAUUACCUUCAGGCCUUUUGCUGUAAUUACUGUCUUUUCAGAGAAAAUGCAGUAUUUACAUUACAGCCUAGUGAUAACUUCACUGGCCUCUCCUCAGAUGGAUAGAGAUCCUUCCUUGAUCGUGGCUGCCUAAAAUGCAUCCAAACAUUCAGUUCCUCCACCCUCCGCAUGCAGAUACUGAACUUUCCUCAUAGAGAUUCAUUGAUUCAAUACAUCUCUAUGAAGAGAUGCUAAUUGGCCAGGGCUGUGUUUGAAUUGUAGUGACUCUGCCGCUUUGUCAGUCUCAGCCAAUCCUAUGGGGAAGCAUUGUGAUUGGAUCAGGCUACCACUUCUGCUGAUGUCAGCAGGCAGUGGGGCAGGUCUAAAGGAAACGGGGACAAAGUAAGCAGCUGCAGACUACAAGUAAGGUUUUACUAUAUUUAGGGAGGCAUGAAGGGGACAGGGGGGCUAGAUGGUGUUUUUAACCCUAUAGGUUCAGGAAUACAUGUUUGUGUUCCUGACCCUAUAGUGCUCCUUUAAGAGGCAGUGCAUUAAAUUGGAUGGAGGGGGGAGAACACACUUAUAGGACUUCAAAAUCAACAAGAUAACAUAAUUUUGUUUUUUACAGCUGUAAAACAGCAUACAUUCACCAUUUCAGUCCAAUUGCCAAACUUUUCUUAAUAUGUCAAGGUAGUUGGGCUUAAAUAAUAUACAUAUCUACUUAAAGUAAAUUUGAUCUUUUGUGUGCUUUGAGCGUGAUGAUGUCCAGUGUCAGGCAACUUUUUAUUACUAGGGACCGGGCCGUUUUUAGAAGUCUCCACACUAGCUUCACAUCCAACAGCAGCAGGUCCUCUGCUCUCGCGAUCCGCGGUGUUCCAAAACCACACCACAGAAAAAUACACGCCUGCAUUGAAAUACCAACAAUACAUGUAAACACACCCAUCCAUUCACUCACACAUACUCCAUACAAAAAAUAUGCUUGCAUUCAAACACACAAACACUGGUCAGUGCUUAAUACAUUUAAAACAUUUGCAGGUAUUUUUUACAUUUUAAAGUUGGGAGGGGGGGUGUCAUAGAAUCUUCCUUCGGUGCCAAAUGUUUCAGGUACGCCCCUGCCCUAGACACCACGUUCUAUGAAACUGUAAAAAGGAGGCAAGUACAAUCAAAGGGGGAAAAAAUACAAAUACAUGUUAAACAAAAUCUAGCCUUUAGCAGCUUGUGUGGUGUGUGUUCUGGUGUCUAUAAUAGCCUGUCCCUGCAGACUUUUCAAUGUAAACACUGCCUUCUUUUCAGAGAGUGUAUCAGGGUCGAAAUGUUGAUGUAUAGGUGGUAACUUUUAAAAUACACUUGGAAAACCGAGAGAGUGCUCCUGUCUUUACUUUGUGUGUGUGUGUGUGUAUAUGCGAUCUUUCACUAGAAAAAUCUCUUGCACUCACGCUUUUUAAGUCCCUUAUUGCCCGGGUGCUAGCAAACCAUGGCUAGUAGUAUCCAUUUGUAGUAGGCAGGUAUCAGCACUCUCUGUAUUAAAAGUCCAAAGUUUAUUGGUAUAUAGUUAAAAAAAGAUCGACGUUUCAGUUCUGCAUUGAGGACUUUUAUCAGGAUCAAAAUAUACCUGAUGAAAGUCCUCAAUGCUGGACUGAAACGUUGAUCGUUUUUUUUUUUUAACUAUAUACCAAUAAACUUUGGACUUUUAAUACAGAGUGCUGAUUAUAUAUCCCUCUCCCCCCUCCCCCUCUACACAAUAAAUUAUUGUGUUGUGUAGGUGGUAUUCCUAUGCUAUCCUAGCACUCAUACAGCGUAUUAUCUGUUGAGCUGGAUUUCAAUUUAUCCUAGUAUUUUUAGACCAGCAACCAUACAUAUUGCGACCAUCCAAAUAAUUACCUGUAUCCUGUAUUUAUAGCACUCAUAUGCUUCAUAUUCUAUGCCGUUUGAUUAACAACAAUUGGCUCUAUAUCCCCCUGAUGAUAUUAUUAUUAUUAUUCUUCUUCUUAUUAUUAUUAUUAGCUAUUAUUAGCCACAGCUUUCCUGUUAGCACAGACGUGUGCUUCUGCUAAUUAUCCAUAAAUUAUGUGUCGUAAUUUUUUUUUAAUAUUGAGCUAUUGUGCUCCGUAGUAAUUGUUUUUUUUUUUGUUUUUUUUUUUAAUCAUUUUUAGGUUUCCACUAUUGUUUUAGUGUGUAGCACUUUGGGUGAUUGCUAAUUGCAAUUUUUAUAUCUUAUAAAUAAAUUAUUUUUUGUUUUUCUUUUUGUCUUAGUUUUACAUCUGUACUUUAGACUCCUAUAUCUGUUGUGGAGCUAUUUAGUACUUUAAUAGACUACUUUCUCCCCCAGUACUUUUCCAUUGGUACCCUACUUUUUAAAUUUUUUGUCUAUUUCUACUAGGGAUUAUCCCCCUUCUUCUAGUGUACCAUAUCAGGCUGUAUCCAGUGUUUUUUUUAUGUGUACAUAUAUACAUACACACAGACGCCUCAGUUAACGUAAUUUUUGGUUUACAAAUGAAAAUCCAUUGAAAAUAAUGCCUAGGUUUACAAAAAAUUUUCGCAAUACAAAGCAAGUUUCCCCAGGAUGCAUUGCACCUGGGAGGUUUAUAGCACCGCCCCCUGCAUGCUGGAGCCUGUGGGUAGCACGUGGUGUCGAGUGUGGAGGUGUUCGAGCGGCUUUUACUAAUUUAAUUUUUGAACUAUUCUGGAAAUUGUUUGCAGUUGUUUUGGGACUUUUUGGUGCAUUUCUCAAGCUGUGGAAAGGUAGGGAGCUGAGCUUCAUCGUUUGCAUGCCUUUUAUUGUGUGUUCUGCAUUGUGGGUUGGUUUCCAUGCCAGCUCAUUUUGACUUUUUUUCUUACCUCCAGACAGAUGAACUGUUUUUUAAAGGACCACUAUAGUGCCAGGAAAACAUACUCGUUUUCCUGGCACUAUAGUGCCCUGAAUGUGCCCCCACCCUCAGGGUCCCACUCCCGUGGCACUGAAGGGGGAGGAAGGGGUUAAACAUUCACCUUUCUCCAGCGCCAGGCUCUCUUGGCGCUGGGGACUCUCCUCCCUCUUCUUCGUCGGCUGAAUGCGCAUGUGCGGCAAGAACCUCGUGCGCAUUCAGCCAGUCUCAUAGGAUUAUCAAUGCUUUCCUAUGGACGCUGGCGUCUUCUCACUGUGAAAAUCACAAUGAGAAGCGCCUCUAGCGGCUGUCAAUGAGAGCCACUAGAGGCUGGAUUAACCCAUAGGUAAACAUAGCAGUUUCUCUGAAACUGCUGUUUACUGCAAAAAGGGUUAAACCUAGCUGGACCUGGCACCCAGACCACUUCAUUAAGCUGAAGUGGUCUGGGUGCCUAUAGUGGUCCUUUAAUACAUUCUUAUGUGAAACGUCCCGGAGAACGCAUUACAUUUGUAAACCGAGGUCCCACUGUAUAUACGAAGUACAGGAGCACUCACUCGGGGGGUGUGUGUGUGUGUGUGUGUGUGUGUAUAAUAUAUGUAUUUUUUAUAUAUGUGUGUGUGUGUGUGUGUGUGUACACACAUCAACGUUUCAAUCCUUCAGGGUCUUUAUCAAGUUACACUCUCUGAAAAGGCAGUGUUUUUACAUUGAAAAGUCUGCAGGGACAGGCUAUAGACGCCAGAACCACUACAUUAAGCUGUAGUGGUCCUGGUGACUAUAGUGUCCUUUUUAAGAAUUGUAUUUUUGUUGUUGAAUAUAAAGCUUUGCCAAGUUUAAUUAACAACAAAAAAUAUGCAAUUCUUAAAGGGACAGUAUAGUCAUCAGAACCACUACAGUUUAAUGUAGUUGUUCUGGUGCCUAUAGCUUGUCUUUGCUGCCUUUUCAAUAUAAACACUGCCUAGUAACGCCUCUAGUGACAGUCAAUCAGAUGGCCUCUAGAGUCCUGUGUCAGUGCUGUACAGUGUGCAGCACCACUCUCUGCAUGGAGGCACUGAAUUUUACCCAUGGAGAACAUGCACAAUAUUCUCUCAGUGCUUUCCUAUGAGAAAGCAUUGGUUUACUGAGAUCCUAAAGAUUGAUGAUCUCAGCUAUGGAAAUGGGAAAAGCCUUGCCGAAAACCACACGGCUUUUGAAAAACGUGAGUAAAAACUCCUCAUGUGAUCAGAAGUGGGGCAGGUACCUUGACAGAGCAAAUGUAUUACCUCACACACGUUUUCUCACACACUCGCACCUUUAGGAGAGCUGAGUGGAUCUUUCCCUGGUGUCCAGUGGGGCUGCUCUCUCUUCCUGCAGCUUCUCUCUGCUCCCUGCGUACUCUCUGUAGUGAUGCCGGGGCCGGAGUGACAUCAGAUUCCAGCAUAAAUAAUAGUGCAAGGGAGCAGAGAGAGGAGCUGCAGGUAGAUAUUACUGCUCCCUCUGCCAGUUGCCUUGAUGCUACCUAGGACAGCAAGCUACAGCUAGGGCUAAGGAGCCUUGGAUUUGUCGAGCCUUGGAUUAUACAUUUACAUAACAAUUCAUAUCAGCACUGUAAUAGGUUGAAAGCAGUCAACAACAGCCGCUGUGGCAGUGUGAGGAAACACUGCUAUGUUAGCUCCAGAAUGGCACUUUCAGUGUUCCCUGACUAGAGGGGGUUAAAAAUCAGGUUGCUCUAGUACAUCAAUUAGAGAGCUACAUAAACCCUAUGCAGAGGGAAAUCAGUCUCUCCUGUGAAGAGCUGGGGUCGAGACAGAGAGACUGUGAGUCAAAGAGACUGCUGAAACUAUGGGAACAAAAGGUAUUUUGCAAGCCUUUAUUUUUAUUUGUUAAACUACUGGGGUCAGCUUAGCUGUCCAGUAGCAUAGAAAGGGUACUCUAUGUUAGGUAGUCUCCAGUGUGGAGUAGGAGUUUAUUUUGGUUUUCAUGUUUUGCUGUGGCUUAAUUAGAGCCUGCUUGGUAAAUAAAGCUUUCCUCAUAUUGAAAGAAAGAACUGUUUCUGUUGUUUAUGACCCAAGACCCGGCCAGCCUGCUACACCGCCUAUUGCUGCUUAGGUUUAUGCUUCCUCAUUCGCUCAAGCAGCACAGAGAUGAUGGCCUACUGGGGACUCUCAUUUAGCACUAAAACAUUUAAAAGCAUUUUAAUUCUGAAUGGAAGGACGGUACCAGGGGACUCUAGACACUAGAACCACUACAAUGAGAUAAAGUAGCAAAGUUGUUUUGGUGCUUAGAGUAUCCCUAGAAAGAGUAAAAGAAAAGAAAGUGUAAAAAAAACCCAACAACUUAUGUUAGGAAUGCAUUAAUUCUUGCACCCCUAUGCAUUCUUAAUAUAAUUAUUAUUAUUUUUUUUUUAACUCUCCGCUUCUAGCACCACUGUUUGCUUGUUUUUAUUUCUCUCUAUCCCCCCUCACUUUGUGAUCUUCACACAAGAUAUUUACAACCAUCUGCAAGAAUGGUGUCUGUGUCACUAUGUAAUACCAGCACGCAGAGUUUAGGAUAGCAAGGGACAAGACUAGGAAAGAACGUAUUGAAUGGCCAGCCUAAAUGUUAGACAGAGAAAAAGCAUAAUCAGUGACAAACCGAGGUCAAGGUAACGGAGAGACAGCGAAAACAAGAACUAGCCAGAGUCAGGUACAUGGUAAUCAGACGGGCAAACAAGACAGGAAAGGGUUAACAAUAAAUUCAGAGUCCGAUACAAAGCCAAGGUCAAUACCAGAAUAAACACAAUAGAUCAAGGAACGCACUAAAGAGCACUGAAACAGAGACCACGAUGUGGAUAGGGCUAGGGAAGUUUUAAAUAUCCUUAACUAACAUUUGUUUGGCCCACGCCCCCAAAACGUGCAUUUGUGGGGGCGUCAGAAUGAUGUGGGCAGAAGGGAGCCUGAAUCUAGUUUUGGCUCCCACUGCCCCUUUAGGAGCGCGCUCGUGAUGCGAGACACGCUCCUAGUGCCAGGCAGGCCGCGUGACCGCUCAUUGUGGUCAGUGCACAUGGGCUUCUCGGAAGGAAAGAUUGAUCUGCGAGCGGCUCAUGUGGAAGCAGGACUGCUCAAGCUGCGGACCCCGGCUGUCCCCUGGAUAAGGUAAGUACCGCCACACUAUGUUCUAACAAACCUGUGUCUUAUCUGCACUCAUGUCACUUUAACCCCUGUUUCACAACUCAAAUUUGAAUUCUAUGUGUCGUGUUGGUCAGAAAUGCUUUAGACUUGAGAAAGGGAGGUUCUCCCAGAAGCUUGUCAUUAAAAAAUUCUGUUCAAUAAAAAAGGUAUUACAAGAUACAAAUUUUAUCUGUUUUUUUUUUUUUUUACAUCUACGUUUUUAUAGAAGAUAUAGUAAACACUCUACAUACACUGUAGGCAAACAUUUUGAUAUUUACUCUUUUCAAGAAAUAACACUGAGAAUUUAUGGCUGAGAUUGAUCUGUCUUCGUUGUAUAAGUUUCACACUGUCAAUAUGUUGUGAUCCCGGUGAAAACUGGGAUAACCUCAGUAUACUUUUUAGUGUGUGUUUGCAAUGGAAAUUCCAUCAGCUGAACAUUUCCCAUCCAUUUAUUCUAACAUUAAUAUGCCUUUGAGCUAUGUUUGUACUUUUUUGUUUUUGUCUGUUAAAUCAAUGAGAAGCCACCAUUAAUGGGAUGUGGAGGGCAUCUCACAACCCAGACGUCCAAAAAAUUAAUUUGCACCCUUGAUGACACAUUGCAUAGAUUUACAGAUGUUUUGGUUUGAAUUAUAGAUGAGCGCUUAGGGGAUAGAUGCUAUCUGACUCCAAUAAUAGCACAUAUUGUAAUCAUGUGUUCCAUGUUUAUGCUACUAGUUGCUGGAUUAUAGGACCACAUAGGCCUGAGUUGACCCAUUUAUAGUAAAAAUAAUUUUUUAUGCCUUUUGUAGAUAAUAUAUAUAAAAUUUUUUUUUCUUAAAGGGACACUGUAGGCACCUAGACCACAUCAGCUCAUUGAAGUGGUCUGGGUGCAAUGUCCCAUGUCCCUUAACCCUGCAGUGGUAUUUACUGCAGUUUCUGCAAUAAUUACCUCUUAGGGUUAACUCCACCUCUAGUGACUGUCUACCAAACAGCCACUAGAGGGCUUCCUGUUUUGAAACGAACCUCUGCAUGAGGAUCUCCAGCGUCAGAUUUUUUUUUUUUUUUCUUCAUAGGAAAGGAUUGAAGAAUGCUUUCCUGUGGGGAAAUCAUAAUGCGAGCCUGACCCAGCGCCAACGGUGCUGCGUUCACGUAAGUGACUGAAGGGUUUUAACCCCUUCAGUGUCGGGGGGGCAGGGAGGGGAAAGGCGCAAGGGAGGGGGGCACUGUAGGAUUCUAUAGUGCAAGUUAAACAGCUUUGUUUUCCUGGCACUAUGGAAUCCCUUUAACUAAUUAAUUAUUAAAGCACUUACAUUAAAUUCACACCGGUUUACAGGUAAUGCAGUUAGCCAUGCCCAGUCCAGAAGGUGACACCGAUAAUCCUGUUAACAUUCUAAAACAGUGUGGAAGUUAUCCCAUACAUCCAUUUACAACAUUUGUAAGACACUAUGUGCCGGAGCUCGGCCCUUCUUGUGCCAUAAUCAAUGCAAGGAACAUAAUGAUGGUGCUUGAAGUGUCUCUUUAAAGUGAAUUUGUCACUUUGCAGGUUUUGCUUUAUAAAAACAUAUUUUGUCCCUCUAUUUCUACUUGUUAUGUUAAUCUUAUUAUUAUUAUUUUUUCAGUUAUACUUAAAAACCUGUAGGGACUAAUUUUCCUCAUGGAUAAUGUGAUUUUUGGCAAUGGACAGAGCUAUAGUGUCCGUGUGGCUGUUUAGGUGGGCCGCCCCACUCCAAUUGCAGUGAAAAGGUGAUUUUACUCACUUUUUCUUCAACACCGCUCCAGUCUCUCAGUGGUUGGCUCUGCCUCCAUGGCUGAGAUCAUCAGUCUUGAUGAUCUCAGCCAAUCCAAUGCUUUCCUAUAAAGAAGUAUUGGGAGGCUAUUCUGCAUGUGCCGCACAACACUGUGCCAUGCCAAUAAGCAUCUCUAUAGGGAAUGAUCAGAGCCUCCAUGAAGAGUGUGGAGAUGCUUAACACCAGGAAGCACCUCUAGUGGCUGUCUGAGUGAUUGCCACUAGAGGUGUUACUAGGCAUCGUGUGGGCACUGCCUUUUCUCUGAGAGGGCAACGUUUACAUUAAAAAAGGGACAAGCUACAGACAUCAGAACCACUACAUCAGGGGUGCUCAUAAAUGUAGAUCCUAAGGUGUAAAGCUACAGCUCCCAUGAUGCUUUGCUUGUCUUUGCAUGCCUUUAGAAUGACGAGGCAUCAUGGAAGUUGUAGUUGUAAAUUAUCUGGUUAUUCACAAAAGUGAGAAUUCAAGGUCAAUUCGAAAGUGAAUUUCAAAUUUAAGGUCAAAAUAGCCAAACUGUUUUAAAAAAAAAAAAAAAAAAAUUAAAUAAAAAAAAAAUGAUCUAACACACCUAUGCUUUCUAUUCCGCUACUUUGGCCUUAAAUUAUUAUUAUAACACUUAUACUCACGUACGUACGUACGUACGUACGUACGUUGAGGGCCCUGCUCAAUGAGCUUAAAGGGACACUAUAGGCACCCAGACCCCUUCAGCUCAUUGAAGUGGUCUGGGUCAUGUCCCUUUUGCACUUAGUGCAGCAAUAUAAAACAUUGCAGUUCCAGAGAGCUCUGUCUGGAUUGAAACAGACAUUUGGUCCACUACCUGAUGCUCGACAUCCUCAGCAUCAGAUUUUUUUUUUCCCACCAUACGAAAGCAUUGAUAGUUUGGCUUUCCCCUUCUGAACUGGUUUAUGAUGUCAAUUUCUAAAUAUUUCAUGUAAAUUUAAGAGAUGCAAAGCAUCACAUGGAAGAAAUAAAAUUGAACAGAAGUCAUAGGUGAUUUUGUUUUUUGUUUGCUUUGUGGUAUAAACUCCAGAGAAGUGACAGUUACUGAAAAUCCUCAUUUAAAGGGACCCUAUAAUCACCAAAACAACAUGAGGUUAUUGAAGCAGUUUUUUUGUGUAUAGAUCAUGCCUCUGAAGUUUGACUGCUCAAUUUACUACACUAGGGACACUAUAGUCACCAAAACAACUAUAGCUUAUUGCAGGGCUUCCCAAAUUUUUAUGGGCCCACUUUUCAAAACGGUAAUUUUUCGAGACCCACUUGCUUUUAAUACAUAUUUUAAAAAGUGAACACAAUGGCAAUCAGCUAUAGAUGCAGACCAUGACAAUUACUUUUAGAGGCAUACAGUUGGCACACCAUGGCAAACAGCUUUAGAGGCAUACAGUUGGCACACCAUGGCAAUCUGCUUUAGAUGCAUACAAUUGGCACACGUGGCAAUCCGCUUUAGAUGCAUACAACUGGCACACCGUGGCAAUCCGCUUUAGAUGCAUACAACUGGCACACCGUGGCAAUCCGCUUUAGAUGCAUACAACUGGCACACCGUGGCAAUCCGCUUUGUAUGCCCACAAUUGCCCCACCGCGGCAAUCACGAGCGCUAAUGCGUAUGUGUGGCAAGUGCCGUGCGAACAUUUGGCCUCCCCACAGGAAAGCAUUGAAUCAAUAUUUUCCUAUGGGGAAAUAGCUGACAAUGGAUGUCCUCGUGCAGAGCGCAAGGACAUCCAAUGUCCGUUACCGGACCAAAAGUCUGUUAACAUCCAGGAAGCGCAACAGGGACACUGUACCCAGGCCACCUCAAUGAGGUGAAGUGAUCUGGUGCCUACAAUGUCCCCUUAAGCCAAUUUUUUUUAUUUAUUUAUUUUUAUUUCUUUUCUCUUUAUCAAACCAUAGUAAUUUGACUAUUAAUCAACACACAGUUUUCAACCCAUGUUUGCUAGAAUGUGUUUAAAUCGGCUGUACAGUCAGUGCAAUUAGCCAUAUGGUCUUUUUGACUGCUUAGAAUGUAGCAUUUGCGAUUUUUGUUGCUGCUAUUUUUUUGUUGCUCCUCAAUGAUGAGUUGCACUGCAUUUAUAUAUAAACUGAGCAUUCUGUAAAUCUCUGUUGUGCAGUGGUUUACAGGAUACGUUUUUUUUUUUCCUGGUUAAAGAGCGGACUGGUUGCAGCUGCAGUUAGACCGACUAAUAAGGGCUUCAUUGGAAACUCUGGGUUUAUGUAUAUAUGUUCUUUUUAAUUUUUUUUUAUUUUUUUUUUUUAUUAUUUGUGUAAAUGGUUUAAUAAAAUAGGCAGCAUUUUACAUUUUUCUUUUUUUUUUUUGCUUUAAAUGAAUUGUUAGAAGUGGCUUUUUCAUUUAUAUAACCUAUGAAAGAGGCAUAAAUCACGCUGAUCAUGCUCACUCUCUUCUCCACCUGCCAGGAUAUUGCAAGGUGAAGAGAUGUUCCAACUGCACAUGUGUAAAUAUGUUAGAUGCAUGCCAAUGCAGUUUUCUAGCAUUCCUAGGAAUGGUACACAGAUUAGUUAAAUCAGUGUCCCCUCUAAAAUGGGUGUGUAAUCAUAAGAAAGAAGAAGUAGGUGAAUAUGAAAAAAAUUAUUUGCCUGUUUUUUUUGUUUGUUUUUAGCUUGCACACUAAAGCUUUUGUGUCAUUCAAAGCUAAAGCUUGUCUCAGUGUUUUUUGUCCCUUUAAUAUUGUGUGUGUGUGUGUGUGUGUAAUUUGCUUUUUGAAUCAUCUUAGCACUGCUUCUCUCUUUUUAGCGUGGAUGCACUGAAAUGUGGUGAAAAUGAAGACUUGGAUUCCCAGAAUAUACCCGAAGACAGUAACCUAGUAACAUUGGGGUAACAACCAACACAAAGUUGCAUAUAUGUACUCAAUUGUAGCCAUUAACUGGUAUAUUACAAGUGAAUAUGAAAGUCAGAAAUUUUUUUUUUUAUUUCACUAGCACAUUAUAUGUAUGGCAUUUUGUAAUUUAAGUACAGGAAUUUAAAAGUUGAUCACUGUGAAUUUAUAUAAGCUGUGUGGCAACUGUUACAAUAUAUAUGACUGAAUUUAGACAAUACUGAUGAUCCUCACAGACAGUGUGGAGCUCAUGGAAGACCUUCCAGAGUUCAUUUGACUUUUUCCAGGGAUAAUUUUCUACUAUGUCAAGUGAGUGAGUGAAAAUGUUGUUCCCUCUAUGUGUAUUUAUGUUUAUUACUAAUAUGCACACAAUCUGUUUAUUUCUACUGGCAGUUUGUGUUCUCACAUCCCGUACUGAAUGGUGGGUGACAUCACCCAAUGCAACAGAAACUAUUAAUGCCCCAGCCUUUAAUUCAGCCUUUCUAACAUUAAAUAUAUGCUUGGAAAGAAGCUGCAGAGAGAAUCACACGGUUUGUCUUCCCAGUUUCGCUCUCAUCAUGUCCGUGACCUUUCCAGUUAAAUGCCCGCCACUAUUUCAAACAAAGUCCUCCUGCUUCUCCUCCAUCCCCCCUCCCCCUCUCUCCCCUUCUCCCCUAAAUAUACUAAUCUUACCCUAUAUGCAGCACCGCAGGGAUCUGCUAAUGCUGACUAGGCCCCCAAUCUGCCUCUUUGGCUGACGUCACUCAGAAGUGAUCUCAGCCAAUCCAGUGCUCUUCUAUGGGAUCAAUUCUGAUGACUCAGCCAAGGGGGUGGGGGCGGAGCCAAACUCCACCCUGGCCAAUCUGUAUCUCCUCAUAGAGAUGCAUUGAAACAUUGCAUCACUAUUAGGAAAGUUUAGCGUCUCCAUGCAGAGUUUGGCUAUCUGAGGAGUGGCCACUGGAGGUGUUCUUGGGCUGCAGUGUUUUCUCUAAAAAGGCAGUGUUUAUAGCAAAAAGCUUGCAGGCACAGACACCAGAACAACUAUAUGUUUUUUAGCGUGGAUGCAAUGAAAUGUGUUGUUCUGGUGACUAUUGUGUCCCUUUUUUAAAUCAUUAUUUCAAAUACUGUGAACCUGCAGUUUGACUGGAUAGGCAACCUUUAAAAAGGUACUGGUUGACUGACUGUGUCUUCUAUUCGCUAUUCUUUAUUUAGUAUUCGAAGGAAGGUAGUGGAAAGACGGAAAGCCAUGGUUAUUGAUCAUGCUUGCCGACAAGAGACACUUCGUUAUGAAAUGGUAAGUUGCUGGUACCACAUAUCCAUCCUCUGUUUUUAUUGAAAACAAAGCAGAAACUGUUAAGUAAUUCAACGUGAUCAUCUUCAUAAUACUAAUUUUACUAUUUUAUUUAUUUAAGGAAUAUCAUGCUUUGGGAAAGAGGCCUCAAGAUUCCUCAAAUAUGAUAGAAGAAGGAGAACUGCUCCUCACACUAAAUAUUAUGUAUCCAGUCAUAUUUCAGAAGGUUUGAAAUAAACAUUAUAUCAGCAAUAUAAAUUCCCAGCACACAAAAUAUUAUUUAAAACAAGAGAAACCUGAAUAUUGUCACCUGCAAUGUUAACAUAUUUAUUGUAUGUUAUUUUUUUAUUUUUUUUUAAUCUGAUGCACCAAAGUCAGCCUAUUUCUCUUAUCAAAUUAAUUUUAAACCACGAUUUAUAACCAUUUGUCUUGCUUAUGUGUAAUCACUGGAUGGUGAAAUGUGAUCAAUAAGGGGUUUAAUAAUGGGAGAGAAGUUGCUUUUAAAAAAAGAAAAGAUAAACAAAAAAUUUCUAAUUUCAUAGAAUAAAGGAACUGCAUAAUUUAAGUGAAGGUAUUUAGGUCUUGUACUGAAUGUUGGCUAGAUUAACAGUACGCUAGAUCACUGCAACAAUACCAUUUUGCAUUGGAAUAUACAUUUUUUUUUUCUUUGCUUAUAUACAAUUUGCAUGCAUUUCUAUGCAUUAACUCUCAUGAAGAUAUAUGUCCCACAUUUCAUUCUUCACGUCACAUUAUAUGCAUACCAUCAAACAUUUCAAGAAGCGUGGCCAGGGGGAGGAGCCACUUGGGUAACUUCAGUGUUUAUGUAACUGAAAGGGCAAAUUGGAACAGGAACAAAGUAUAUAUUAUAUACAAGGCUAUUUAUUUAUUUUCUUAACACCUUUUUGAACAUAAACAGAAUAUUGAAUAUGACCACAAAACUAUGUUUGUAUAUUUCAGCACAAAGAUUACAAACCCUAUGCAACCAUGCUGGUCUUGGGUAGCCAGAAACUCACAGAGCUGCGGGAUGCUAUUAAGUGCGUCAGCGAUUUGCAGAUUGGAGGAGAGUUCAGCAGAAACCCUGACCUAGCCCCUGAAAACAUUUGCAAGGUACCAGUUAGGGCUUAGGGUUGCUCUUCAACUUGUAUAUUUGAUAUUUUUAAGGGACACUAUAGUCACCAGAAGAACUACAGCUUAUUGAAUUUGUUCUGGUGAGUAGAAUCAUUACCUUCAGGCUUUUUGCUGUAAACACUGUCUUUUCAGAGAAAAUGCAGUGUUUACAUUACAGCCUAGUGAUAACUUCACUGGCCACUCCUCAGAUAGCUACUGCUUUUUAUUCCAGAAAAUAAAUAAAAACACCACAUCAUAUUUUGCUUUCCAUAAUUACUGUUUAUAUGUGUUUUAUAGUAAAGGUGCAGGGCCUUUUUCACCUCUUUGCAUUUGUGUGUCAUGCAUUUGCUGGUUUAUAGCCCUGUUGUAAAGUGUAAUGCUGAAUAACUGUACUACAAUAUGAUCUUGUAUGCAAAGAUUGCAUAUAACAAACUUGCUAUAUUUUUCCUCCAAUUAUGUCCUCUUUAUCAGAGUUUUGAGAGGAACACAAAGCAUUAUAUUCUGGGGUACAAGAGUAAGAUGGCUCUGAGAGUGCAAGACUGCACAUGUCUAGUUACACUUGUAAUAGUUAUAUGUCACCAGUUAAAAGUCAAGAUGGAAACUCAGCAUUCCUUUGUUUCAUCCGAUUUGCCUGAAUAAUGAAGGUUGUGUUUAUUAUAUCUGUGGGCUCACUGAAACCCAAAGUUACAAGAUGGAAAUCAAAAGGUACUUAAAGGACCACUAUUGUUACCCAGACCACUUCAGCUUAAUGAACUGGUCUGGGUGCUAGGUCCAGCUAGGUUUAACCCUUUUUUCUAUAAACAUAGCAGUUUCAGAGAAACUGCUAUGUUUAUAAUAGGGUUAAUCCAGCCUCUUGUGGCUGUCUCAUUGACAGUCGCUAGAGGCGCUUCUCACUAUGAUUUUCACAGUGAGAAGACGCCAGCGUUCAUAGGAAAGCAUUGUGAAUGCUUUCCUAUGGACUGGCUGAACGCGCGCGGCUCCGGAUGCGCAUUCAGCUGAGGAGGAGAGUCCCCCGCCCGGGAGGGGGGCUCUGAGGGUGGGGGCACCCUCAGGGCACUAUAGUGCCAGGAAAACGAGUAUGUUUUCCUGGCACUAUAGUGGUCCUUUAACCCCUUAAGGACCAAACCUCUGGAAUAAAAGGGAAUCAUGUCACACAUGUCAUGUGUCCUUAAGGGGUUAAAUCACAGUCCUUAAAGUUAGUAGAGUGAGACAGACAGGGUCAUUCUAUAAAGUGAGAUUUCAUCAAAGUGAAUUUCAAAUGCUGUCAGUUUGGCUACUCUUAAAUUUGAAAUUCACUUUUAAUUCUCCCUAAAUGACCAUGUGUGUAAUCUGUGGUGGGGGUACAGCGUAGUUGUUAUUUCAGUCUCAUUUCCAGUAAAGUACUUGCAUGUUAGUCUAAUAUGAAAGUUCUAGAUUGUACUUUUUAUUUUAUUUUUUAUAACUGGUUAUUCUUUAUUUUUUCUCCUUAAAGGACCUUUUUAAAUCGGCAUUCUUCUAUUUUGAAGGCAUAUUCUAUAACGACAUGAGAUAUCCUGAAUGCAAAGAUCUGAGCAGGUUAGUAUUAGGUUCUUCAUUUAUCUACUUGCUUAAAGGAUCACUAUAGUGUCAGGAAAACAAAGCGUUUUUCCUGACACUAGUGCCUUUAGGACCCCCCCUCCCUAAGGAUCCCCCUCCCGUGGCGCUGAAGAGGUCAAAACCCCUUCAGCAGCUUACCUUAAUCCAGCACCGGGCUCCCUUGGCGCUGGUGUCCUCUCCUCCCCCGCCGACGUCAGCUCCCGAGUGGAGCGGAAUGCGCAUGCACAGCAAGGGACGUUCUGCACGCUGGAUGCGAAUUUCGCAUCCAGCAUCGCAGAAGCACCUCUAGCGGCUGUCAGGAAGAUUAACCCCUAAUGUAAACAUAGCAGUUUCUCUGAAAUUGCUGCGUUUACAUCUGAAGGGUUAAAACCUGGGGGACCUGGCACCCAGACCAUUUCAUUGAGCUGAAGUGGUCUGGGUGACUAUAGUGUCCCUUUAAAAUAAAAUAAAUGCUUAAUAUAAAUGGAUUUUAUUUAUUUUUUAUAAAAUAUACAAGUUUUCAACUCUCAUAUACAUUGAUGAACCCUACACCUUCUUUAUUUCAAAGUAAAAUUCAAUAUAAAAGGAAUUGUAAAUAAAAAGAAUAAAUAUGACCUUGUUUUAUGUUUUUACCUGAAAUCUAUUCCGUCUUCUCCUGAAUAGCAAAGAAACUUUUGUGUUUUGACAUUUGUUGUUCUAUCAUUUGUAGAAAUACCAUUGAUUGGGCAGAAUCCCGUGACAGAGGCUAUGGAAAAUUUCAGAGUGCUAAGAUGGAGGAUUACACAUUUAAUGACUUGCGAAUAAAAAUCGGUUUCCCUUACUUGUAUUGCCAUCAAGGAGACUGUGAACACAUUGUUACAAUAACAGAUAUAAGGUGGGAAGUAUGUGAAGGCAAGGCACAAUGCCUGUUGACUUAGGUUAUAGAAACAAAUCAUUGUUAAUAGUUAUUGCAAUGUUAUGGAUUUCCUUUGAUACAUCAGCAACCAGUGCCAUAUUGGUGGCUGAGCAAAAAAUAGAUAAAAAAAAAUCAUUGCCUUGUACAGUCAUGUUAUUUAAAGGGACACUAUAGUCACCAGAACUGCUACAGCUUAACGGAACACUAUAGUGCCAGGAAAACAAACUAGUGUUAUUAGGUCCCCCCCCCUCUUGGAGCCCCCCCUCCUGCUGGGCUAAGGGGGUAAAAACCCCUUCAGCCACUUACCUUAGUCCAGCGCCGGGCUCUCUCGGCGCUGGUGACAUCUCCUCCCCCUGCCGACGUCAGCUCCAGAGUGGAAACUCCUAUGGACAUCCAGCUUGAGUUCAAUGCGAUUUUUCGCAUUGAGGAUCAUGGACGCACCCUCUAGUGGCUGUCAGGGAGACAGCCACUAGAGGCUGGAUUAACCCUCAAUGUAAACCUAGCAGUAUUCCUGAAACUGCUAUGUUUUCAGCUACAGGGUUAAAACUAGGGAGACCUGGCACCCAGACCACUUUCAUUGAGCUGAAGUGGUCUGGGUGCCUAUAGUGGUCCUUUUAAAGUAGGGGUUCUGGUGUCCUAGAAUUGUAAACUCAUCCGUUUCAGAGAUAAGAGGUGUAACAAGAAAUUGCUGACUUGUUACACCUCUAGUGGCAGUCACUCAGACAUCCACUAGAGGUGCUUCCUGUGUUAGUGCUGCACAGUCACUGGCGUUCAGCGUCUCCAUGCUCUGUAUGGAGACGCUGAACUUUCUCUAGGAGAUGCUGAAUGGCGCAGGGCUGUGUUUUUCCUAAGGGAAAGAACUGUACAGCCAUGGAGGUGGGGCCAGCCACGCCGUGGGAGAAAAGGUGAAUAAAAUCACCCUUGAUCUCUAGAGAGAGAGAGGCCAAGGCUGAAGUUUCUCAAAUUCAAUCUUGUACAGAUCCAUUCAGCCUGUUGUCCAAAAGAAGGUAAGAAACAAUUGGAGUUUAUUUCCAAUUGUGCCACAAAACGGAACGCCUAAACUCCAAGGUGUUAGUCAGAUUUCUCUUUAGGUUAGGAAGUUGUUAAAUUAAAAUUUUUUUUUUUUUUUUUUUUUUUUAAUUUUGUGGAGAACUUGCAUAUUUUUUGAUUACACCCAUGUGCGCAUGUGUAAUUAAUUUAUUCUUAUUUAUUUUUACCCUUUCUUUUCUAUAAAGGUUUAUACAUUUGUGUGCAUGUGUAAUAACAAAUUUAUUUUUACCCUUUUUUUUUGUUUUGUUUUUUUUGUUAGGUUGAUACAUUAUGAAGACUGCCUGGAUAGAACUCUUUACCCAUUGCAAGUCAAGAAACAUUGGUUCUGGACUAGAAAGUGCUAUGUGUGUAAAAUUUAUACUGCUAAGUAAGUUGAUAUAUGGAUUUACUUGCCAAAAAUACAUCACAUUCUGAAGGCUUAUACUGUACGGAUAGACCGAUAAUCGGAAAAUAUCCGCCGAUAUUCUGGAUUUUGGCAAAUAUCAGUAUAGGAAGAGGAGAGGGACACUAAGGGAUAGGGGAGGGAGGAGAGGACAUUAAGGGACAGGGAAGGAGGGGAGAGGACACUAAGGGACAGGGAGGGGAAGGGAGAGGAACACUAAAUAUGUAGAAAUUGUUUGUUUGUUUUUUAAACGGUAAGUUAUUGACUAUCGGCCUAAAAGUUCAGAUUAUCGAUAUCGGCUUUAAAAAUUCAAUAUCGGUUGAUCCCUAGUUUAUAGACACUCAUUCAGAUUUGGUGAUGAUGAAAACGUUUACCUUUCUUCUUAACCCCUUCAGGACGGAGUCAAUAGUUCUGAACAAAACAAAAUGGAAACAAAAACUGGAAUUUGCGCUAUAUGUCCGUAAUUCACCCCUUUCAUAUUAAGUGCACCCACACCUAUUAUAUAUCAUUUUGUUCAGGAGAAACAGAGCUUUAAUGUCUCAUGAACUAUUCAUAUAUAAAAUUAAACUGUGAGAAAUUAAGAUUUAACCAUACUACAAUCCCUAUACACCCUAUAUCUUGUAUCGGUAGAGCACAGUGCCUGCCUAUACAGGAGCGUGCCAGACGAGAGGCGGUGCGUUUCGGUGACCAGGACCGGGGCUCUCCAUGGUUUAUCAGGCUUGGUGCAGGGCUGUGGCUUGCUUCAUGUCGGUACCCGCCUCCGUGCCACUUUUAGUUUCGUUGAGCUACGCUGCUUGCGCUUCUUCCAUGUUGGAGCCUUCAACAUCACCACCUUUUGCUUUCUCCGAUGGGGAUCUGGAGCUUGUAAAUGUUGUUGGCGUUCCGGUGGGGUAUGCUGUGCAUCACAAUAGGGUUGCCUGCUAAUCAACUGCUUCCAGAAGUCGUUGAAGUGCUGGAUUAUCCUAGAUUCCAUAUCUGAGAGUGCUUCACUGAUGGUAGGUAAACAUGCGGUUUCCGCCAUUUUGUGUUUCGUUGUGAGGUUCGACGGCUUGGAUGGCUCUGAUCUGCAUGUUUGCAAGCACUGGGCUGCCUCCCCGGAGUGUAGCGGGAUAACCCACGCUGGUCCAUGGGGAUAACAAACGGGGGACUCGCUGGCAAGUAGUUCCCUCUAGGUCCCACUGGGCUGGGAGAUCGGCUGCUUUUCCCACCCUUUCGGGUACCACGCAACAUCAGCAGAGCGGAGGAAGGGAGACUUUCUUCGACUGUCACCAAGUAGGUCAGUGGGCUGUCUUUGCCUUUGUACAUUUGUCUUAGGGCAAAUUAAUAGAGGAGCUCACUUAACAUGCAACUCCCCUCCAUGACAGUGAGACCCCGUCCUCCAUUCACCUUCCCCCCUCCCCCCCCCCGCAGACGCUAUACUCGUGUACAGUGUUGUAUAAUUAUACUUGCAUGGAUUACAUUUACUAGAUUGCUCGUUUUGACCUUAAAUGUGAUUUUUCUGUUAUGCCUGCUAGCUAUCAUGCCAAUUAUGCAAAUGUAUUGCUAAACCUAAAUACAGUGUUCCCUUCCAGUGAUGUUACUAUAAAUGUAACUGCAUGCCAGCUGACCCAGGCAUAAAUCACAUCACAAGUAAAAACAUUAGGGAGGUUUGCAAACCUAAUGCCACCUCAUAUAUUUAACUUUAUUUUAAUUAUUAAGAAAUAAAUUAUACGUGCUAUAGGGCAGUAUUAAUUUAGUAUACAGUGAAUGUAAAAUACCUGAAAAUAUUUAAAAUGUUUAAUUUUACUUGUAUACAGUCAGGCUUGAUGUAGAGGGUAUGACAGGAGGUAUGUGAAGACUGGGUUGGGAACCAAUAACAGUCCAGGAUUUAAGGAUUACCCAAUUGUGUCUAAGGUGUCUUUAGGAGGGAAAAAAAAGAAAACCACUUUAGACACAACUGGGUAAUCCCUAAAUCCUGGACUGUUAACGGGUACUUGAGGACUGGGUUGGGAACCACUGGUGUAUGAGAACCUCUCAUUUUAGCAUUCAUCCUACACCUGAACUGACUUUUCAUCACUGGGAAUCAGAAUUUAUAGCCUGUAAUGAAUAUUUUCACUUAUCUUAAAUCACUCGCUUAUACACCAUGUAUCACAAAGAUACACGAUGUAAUCAAUCUAAAAUAUAGAGAUUUUUCUUCAUUUCCAGCACCACCUCGUGGUUGUAACUUUGUGUAACACCCACCUCCUGGCCGUCCUCUGCUCCUCGUGGUCUCUUCUUUGAUUUGCCCUGGUGGGAUGUAUUGUCGGCACGUUUGCUUCGUUGCUGGGAUCGAAACGGAGUGACUUCAUGUCACUCCAUUCUUAUACUCCCUAGCCAGCAAUAGAAGCCACAGCUAGGGAGUUUUCUUAACUGGGUCAUGUAUUUUUAAUUUUGUAACCUAAAUUACUCCAUUAACAUUUUGCAUUUAUUACAACAUAACACCAUUUUUCUAGCACUAUUUAUCUGUCCUAUCUCCCCACAAAAUGGUUUAUGCACAAGAAUCUAAAAAAACAAAUACAUUUUUUUUUUUUUUUUUUACAUCUGCCAUAAAGGCACAAAGGAAAGAAGACCAAGUACUUGGUUAAAUUGUAAUAGAAACACUAAAGCUCUGAGGUGUAUGUGUGUGUCUCACAGAUGUACUGUUAUGCCAGUAAUGUACAAAGGUAUGGUUUUAAUUUUGUUAAAUAUAUUUUUGUUACUUUCUAGGUGGGUAACAAAUGAGGACAGCCUCGCUCCAGAUGACCCUUGCUUUUUCUGUGAUGUUUGCUUCAGAAUGCUACACUAUGACACAGAAGGCAAUAAACUGGGAACAUUUUUAGCUUAUCCUUAUGUUGACCCAGGAACGUUUAACUAAAGACUGAACAAUGUGAAAUGUUGCAUUACAUAAAAUGAGACUUCUAAUCUGCAUCUUAAUAACUUGUUAAUUAAGCAACCAUGGGGACUGGUUUGUAUUGCAAACGAAACAUAAGACUGUUUAUGUAUAUUGUUAUAGUUUUUCAGAAUUAAUUGCUAUUUUAUUUAUUUUGUACUGCUUGUAUAAAAAAAAAAAAAUAUAUAGCUAUUUUUCCACGGUGC